AGCCGCAGGGAAUCUGAUCCGCUGUGCCGGAUUCCCAAUACGCGCGCGCGCGAGAGAGAGAGAGUGACUUCGGGAAGGAGAGUAGAGGCAGGCAGAGGAGACGGAGAGUUGUGUGCUCUCGCCGUUAGCAGGGACGUGAAGGAAGGUGGCGAUGGCGGGGGCGGCGAUGGCCAGUGGCUGUGCGGCACCAGUUAUAAGCUCUGCAGCAGGUGUGACAGGCGCAAAGCGUACGAAUGGAAAUGCUCGUAGGAGCGAGACACGUACCCAUCUGGGAUGCUCUGGAUCUGUCUUCUUUUCCCCGUCGAGGGCGCUGCUGAAAGCCCCUGCUGAUUCUGCCACGUCGGCACUGAUGAUCGAUUCCACCAUGCAACGUUGGUCUGUUAUAGCCUCCAUGUCAGGAACCUCCGAGUCUGACAGAAGGACAGAUCGAGGCGACUGGUCUUCUUCGGUUGCUCUACAAUCCUUUCUUUGUGGUGCUUGUGCUGCACUGACGAUCCUCACUGCACCACCACUUGCUCAUGCAGCUCAGCAACAGAAGGUGCGGCUGCCACCUCUGUCGAACGAGCCCAACCGAUGUGAAAAGGCCUUCAUCGGAAACACGAUUGGGCAGGCAAAUGGAGUUGCAGAUAAGCUGUUGGAUCUUCGAUCCUGCGACUUCACCAAUGAGAAGACCAAUCUAAAAGGAAAAUCCUUAUCCGCUGCCCUGAUGUCGGACGCCAAAUUCGACAAUGCGGACAUGAGUGAGGUUAUCAUGUCCAAGGCAUAUGCAGUGAAUUCCAGUUUCAGAGGUAAGCAUGCUACGUCUCGUCACAAUCAUGGUGGUGGGGCUGCACAGCCCAGCCCAUGAUGGGGGGGAAAGGCGAGCUGCCGAGGCAUAAUGUCUCAUCAACCAUUGGUAGUUGUUUUUUUUGACAUCGGGAUCCAGAGUCUGUGCUCCAGAUGCUGCAACCUGGGAACUGCCCCUUCGGAAAAAAAGUUCGAAAAACGCAAUAUGCAAAUUCUAGG